AUGGAUUCCUCGAAAUAUCUCCGAAUUCUCGCGAGGCUCGACAAUAUCACCAUAUACCUCAAGUCCUUGGUCCAGGAGUUUGGCUUGGACACGCAGCCUGGAAAGAAGACGCCGGUUUAUAUCGAGGAUAUCGGCCCGUUUAAUGAAACGAUCUUAUCGACACAGGAGAAAAAAUUCCAUCUAGGCUUUCAACGUAUCCAAGUGUGUCUGUUUAACUCUCUCGGUAUCUUUACGCUGCACCGGAAAAGCGCUCUGUUGAGUCUGCAGUUCAAGGACCUGCAGAUCUCCCUACAGAAGGAUCCCCGUGGAGGCCCAUCCGUCCCUAUGAUCGAACUUACUCCCGAAGAAACUAAAAAGUUUCUCGGUCUCACCAAAUUAACUACUUUUGCACUUCCCGAAAUCGUUUACGGGCCGUCUUUGGUGAUAUGCCCGCACACGUUGCUUUUUGGCAUCUUGUUUCACGCGCGGGCGUUCCGGAAUCAGGGGCUGACUUCGAAGGCUCAGCUGCGGAAACUUUCCAUCAGCAAAGGCUGUGAGCAGCUCCUGGUGCCUUUAGAUCCGAAAAAGUCUGACUGGUAUAUCUUUUGCAAAACGGAGUUGGUCAAGGGCGUUCCAACCAUUCGACGAACUACACAGAUGCCCAAGUCUGCGAUUUCCACCUUGCUGGUCGCAUUUGGCGAGAUACGUGGGUGGAAAGGGGCAUUUCACGCCCAUCAGUUCCGGUAUGGAAGUGGUAAAGUGAUCAAUGAGAGUGGGUGGGUGAGCAAGGAGCAACAUAUGUUGAUCAUGAAGCAUGCCAGCCCCCGCACCUUUGUCAACCACUAUCAUCCCCUGCAAAUCGACACUGACAUGAUCCGGGUGAUCUGUGGCCUUGACCCGGAUGUGGAACUGAUGCGAGCUGUCAUGCGGCAAAGCCGUUGGCGAGACACGCGACGCCCGCGCUACUUGACCAAACAACAAAGGGCACAGGUUGAAGAACAUCCUGAGUUGGAAGAGGCACGGCGCAACCUAGACAAUAUCCGCGCGCAGUACGAGGAGACCCAGGAACCCGGCCUGCUUCCUAGACUCCAGCAACGGGAGAAGGGGGUGAGAAAUACGCGAAAAAGGUUGCACCGGAGCUUACGGCAUGAGAUCCGAGAGAAAUUUGAUGAAGAGCAAGCCUUUUUGGAUAUCGAGGCGCAGCUGUCGGGUACCGCAGUCAAGGAAGAGAGCGAAGACUCACCCCUGGAGGACACUAUGCACCCCCUUCAGUUGCAUCUCGUGCAGAGUCUUCUUUCCUACCCUGUUUCUAACUCGUUGGAGGAUGAGUGGCAUCGACGCGAUACGGGUGCUGCAGCGGUUGUCCAGUAUUAUGAUGUCCUUGAAGGAGGCCCAUUAAGGGGUCGGCCUAAACAGAAAGCUCCUGAAAUCGCUUCGCCGACUGGACCGAUAGCUCAGCCGAAGGUUACCUGCCCCUGGCUGCCGGACAAGGUUCGCUUUCAGAUGUUUCAUGAUCCCGGGUGUGUUACGCGCCACUUUGAUGCUAUUCAUCUUAAAGAAGAACCACUGAAAUGCAACUGGUGUGAAGUAGGCUUGCUACAUCGGAUGGCGUUCCAGCGUCAUGCUUCUGAUGUGCAUCGCGUGCGAAGUCGCUGGCGAUGCCCGAACCCGAUGCAGGGACUUCAAAAACCAGAACAGGCUGGCGAUGAAUCAAUAAAGCCAUUGACUCGACCAGAGAAUUUCCAUACGAAUCCCGCGCGCGAGGAGGACGAGCACGAGCAGCGGGAAAAUGAGCAGUUGGCAGCGUAUGUCAGCAAAAAUACCCUCUAG